AGGAUUUCACAGCCAGAGAACGUGACUGCAAUGGUUGCCUGCGCGUAAGCUGUGCCAAACUUGUCUUUUGUGUGACAGCGGUUCGCCGUCGUUUUACCUGUGCUUUUUCAGGAACAUAAUUCUUCUCAACAUCGCGGAGGCUGUCGCUGUCCGGACAUUUGAGAGACAACGGGAAAACUUUAAAAAGAGUCGCGCAACGGACUGUUCCAGCUGCGCCCGCUGAACUUCCAGCAGCAAAAAGCCCGAGAGAGCUCCCGGAGGAGGAGUCAACAGGUCCAGCAGCAGAGGGGCUGGUCUGAGGAAUCGAUGAGGGCAGUCCUGCAGCCGGGAGCCCAGUUGGCCGAAGCACACAGCACUCAAUCAGUCUGAGCAGCAGCACCUUUGUGAGGCUGGAGGCGACCAACUGAGGCCCGGGAGCGAGCAGGAGGCCCAUCUGAGGAGAAGAGCUUUGGCAUCAUGUGAUCGGUGCAUUCCCUGCAGUGGAAGGCUGAAAUCCCCCUUUUAUUUUCUUUCAAAGGCAAACCACUAGCGCCCCUAUCACCACUAUCUACUACUCCUGAACCUGACUGCAGCCAAAAGUCCACCCCUGCUUGACUCGACUUGCCUCUGCUCCUUCAUCUUGCGAGAUAAGGCAUGGCUGUGCUCCUUUUCUUUGACGCCUCUCUCAAAUAAGACCCUUUCAAACCCGAGAAGGACGGGGAUAAAACACUGGUCACCCCCCUCUUUUAGAACUUGUGUCUUUUUUAUCUUUGUUUCCUUAGUAACUCAACCCUUGACACACACAUUCACUAAAUCAACACAUUUUUUUUUUUUUUUUACUGUUUGACAUCUAAGGCGAGGACAACAGCGUUCAAGUUUCCACGCCUGGAGUGUGCAGUGGAAUAACUUCUCUUGUCCAUGGCGGAUUAAAUUUGCUUCUACGAUUUGUAUUUUUGCAAUCAGAUUUAGUUGACUCUAAGGGGGACUUGAACUACAAUGGCUGGGAAGGGCAACCCAGUACCAGGCCCCCAUUUAAAUGGCUUCCCAAUGCCCACCUACUCGUACUUUUUCCCUCACAUGCUGGGAAGCCUGUCUCCUCCAGCUCUGCCAGGAUUGUCUAUUAGUGGAUACAGCACACCAUCACCAGCAACGAUAGAGACGCAGAGUACCAGCUCAGAGGAGAUAGUGCCAAGCCCCCCCUCGCCACCCCCGCCACCCCGCGUCUACAAGCCCUGCUUUGUGUGCCAGGACAAGUCCUCAGGGUACCACUAUGGUGUCAGCGCCUGCGAGGGAUGCAAGGGCUUCUUUCGACGAAGCAUCCAGAAAAACAUGGUGUACACCUGUCACCGGGAAAAGAACUGCAUCAUCAACAAAGUCACACGCAACCGCUGUCAGUACUGCCGGCUGCAGAAGUGCCUGGAAGUGGGAAUGUCCAAGGAGUCGGUGAGGAAUGACAGGAACAAGAAGAAGAAGGAUGAGAAGAAGCAGGAGUGCACAGAGAGCUACGUUUUGAGUCCAGACACGGAGCAGAUGAUCGACCGGGUUCGAAAGGCUCACCAGGAGACCUUCCCCUCCCUGUGCCAGCUCGGAAAAUACACUACGACUAACAGCUCAGAACGACGUGUUUCUCUGGAUGUCGACCUAUGGGACAAGUUCAGCGAGCUCUCCACUAAAUGUAUCAUUAAAACAGUGGAGUUCGCCAAACAGUUGCCCGGCUUCACAACGCUCACCAUUGCAGACCAAAUCACUCUGCUCAAAGCAGCCUGUCUGGACAUCCUGAUAUUGCGGAUUUGUACGCGCUACACGCCAGAGCAGGAUACAAUGACCUUCUCCGAUGGACUCACGUUAAACAGGACCCAAAUGCACAACGCUGGCUUUGGGCCACUCACAGACUUAGUUUUUGCCUUUGCCAAUCAGCUUCUUCCUUUGGAGAUGGACGACGCAGAGACAGGACUGCUCAGUGCUAUCUGUUUGCUAUGUGGAGAUCGUCAGGACUUGGAGGAGGCGGAUAAAGUGGAUGUUUUGCAGGAGCCACUUCUGGAGGCGCUCAAGAUUUAUGUCAGGAAAAGGAGGCCCCACAAACCUCACAUGUUUCCCAAGAUGCUCAUGAAAAUCACAGAUCUGAGAAGCAUCAGUGCUAAAGGUGCUGAGCGUGUCAUCACUCUGAAAAUGGAGAUCCCUGGUUCGAUGCCUCCUCUGAUCCAGGAGAUGCUGGAGAACUCUGAGGGUUUGGAGAGUGGAGCAGCGGGUGGCCGGAGCUCAGGGGCUCCUCCAGGAAGCUGCAGUCCCAGUCUGUCCCCCAGCUCCGCCCAAAGCAGUCCAGCUACACAAUCACCAUAGACCUCAUGGACUUUUCACAAAACUGUGUCUACAUGGCACUCUGUCCUGCCUGGGAUGGUCCCAUCAAGGCUCUCAGAAGGCUUUGAUCCACCUCACAAACCAACCUCUUGCACGUCCUAAUCAAGUUCUCUCAUUCAGGAACAGUGUGGAGGUGAGGGCGGGACAGAGCACAUGAACACUGCUGACGGCCCUGUCUUCCACUAUGGAGACUGAACCUUCAGUGGUGCACACCAGCUCCAGCAGGAUGCCGCACUGGGACAGGUCAUCCCAGGAGCAUUCUAUAAGAACAAUGCAGACUCUGCAAACACAAGACACUUUUGUUGUACUCCUCAUCAGACUGUAACUGCAAGCUUGGGACUUGUCAGAAGACCCUUUCUCCUCAAAGACUGUGGGGGCUUCUUUUUUCCAACUUCAGAACAGAUUUCGUACAAAAGAUAUAUAAAUAUAUAUAGAAAAGCUAAGAACUGUUGCGAUUGAUGUGUCCAGGAGAAGGCGGCAGGCGAGAUGGGGACAUGUUUUCUGAGAUUAGAAGUUGAUGUAUUCUUCACUGUUUCAAUCUUUUCAUACCCAUCAAGAGUAUUGAGAGAUGUUUCAGUUUCAGCACAUUUGUACAUGAUUAACAGAAAGCAUUGAUUCUUGACUUUAUUGUGCAUACACAGAUUGAAACACGCACACACACUCAAAUGUGCACAGAAAACAAGUCGCAGUGAAUAUCACCUCCUAUUCCAGGUUGGAUUGAAAAAUGAUUGUAUGAACUUGGUUGUAUGAUAUGGUCACAGGUCCUUUCAAGAAAACAGAUGAAUGAAGAUUCAUGAUUAAGGUGUAUUUUAAGUAGCCUUUGAGUUUGUGUAUAUAAGCUGUAUUCAUUUCUUUAAAACUAUGAAGAGUUUAGGCUUCACCUGAUUUUUUAAGAAUACCUUUUAUGUGAUUUGUUUAUAGGUUUGUGAUUCAAGAAAAAAUACAUUUUGAGCACAUUUACUGAAGGAAAUUCUGUCAUGUCUUGUGUCCUACUAAAUACUGGACAGGCCUUUUUAACCAAUCACUGGCUGUUCAGAAUUUGGCUUUCACUGAUCCCUCCACUUUCAAAUCCAUUUGUUGAAUACAGUACACAAAGUAGCACUCCAGUUGGGGCAUAGCUUUUGGCCAUGUAGCAGAACGAGAUGUUUGAGAAAGUGGUGAGAGAGCUGCUUUAAGCCUGCUGCAGCUUUAAAGAUGAAAUGUGAAGAAUGGUGUAAAUACACACUGUAAUAAACACAAGUGGUUCUCCAUACUUCUAUAAAUUGAUCAGUAAUGUUUUAUGGAAGAGGAAAAAGAUUGUCGUGAUCCUUCUGCUUUUGUCAGUGGUCCAGGCAAAGUGAAGCUCCCAAAUGUGAUGUCUCUCCUUCACCUGAAGCCCGUGGUUCAAACCAACAUGUGACUUUUGCUGCCAGACCCAGAGCAACCUCACACCCUGUGAUUCACUUAAUGCCAAAACGCCUUCACCAUUAGAAACCUGCAUCUGUCCAAACCGUCGUUACUGUACACACACCAAUGUCUCAGGAAGGAAUCAUUGUGUGUGCCUGGCCUGUCUCUUUGUAUUGUUCUGUGCACCUUCUCAGCCCCGUUCUUCACAAAUGCACAUGUUCACACACACUGCUACUGAGCCCCUCUCUUAAUCACUCGUCUCUUGGGACUUGUACAGAGACACUGACCCUUGAACACAUAGGAUGCCAGUGUGGAGACUCUCUCUCUCUCUGAAUCACAUGUAUGUGUUAUUUUUAUUUGUACGGUCAAAGCUGCUUUCAUCAUUUAUUUAGUAUUUUUAUCUGUCCAGAACGGCGCACAACUUUCCCUCCACAGCUGAUCUGGAAUAGCAACAAACACAUCAGUUUGAGAAGUAUGAAAUAUGUUGCAAAUUUUGUCAAGAUUAUCAAGCGACUUUGAAAAAAAAGACAAAACAACAAAAAAUAAAAAUAAAAUGAACAUUUAAUAA